AACACCCUUUUAUCCAUGGCUGCUGACGACCUUCAGCAACAGAACAAAAAGCAACUGGAAAACGAGGGAAAAGAACUAAUGACAGACGACUCAAACCAGAGGUAUGAGCACAAAUAUCUGACUGAGGUUAUCGUCCUGGCCCACAACCUCACAGGUUUGAAACAGGAGGUAAACAACCUCAAACGCCAGAUCACUGAGUCCCAAACGGAGCUGACACAUGCUAAAAACCGCAUAGACCAGCUAGAGAUGGAGGCUCAGGACAGACACAAGGACCCUGGCAGAAGGGAGUCACAGGAGGUAAUCCACAGACUUCAAACGGCUCUGACAGCUGCUAAACAACAAGAGCAGCUGGAAAAGACAGCCAGAGAGCACCUGGAAAAGGUACUCUUUCACAAAGAUUCACUGUUAAAAACAGCAAAUUCUGAACUCUUGGACAAAGAUGCCAGAAUCAUGGCCUGUGAAGGUCAACUGAAUGUGUCCAGAGCUGGAGUUAAAGUGCUGACUCAGCAGCUGGACAACACCAAAGAUGAACUUGACAUGGUCCAACGAGAACUGAGACACUCUUACCUGCUGCAAAAGGAACCACAGCAGGAGAGACAUCUCACUCCCCCACUUGCAAUCAGCAGAGAAACCUCCCCCAGCCAAGCACAGAUUUACAAAGGGAGGAGACAAACCCCUAUGCUUAACACGUCAUCGGACAGUUUCCUUAAAGCUUCUGCAGCCGCGGAAGGAAAAGGAUUGAUUCAGACGAAUCUUGAAACGACACGUGUAGCGACACUCAAAGACCUCAACCGAAUGGCCAGACAUAUCCCUGCAUUUACACCAGAGCUUGCAGGAGACCAUGACGUCCACGCUUACCUGCGAGACAUUGACUUUCACCUGCAGUCUUUGAUGAGUGUGAACCAUCAAGAUAGACUCCAUCUGAUCUGGAUCACGUCCAGCCCAGAGUUGCGACGCUUUCUGGCUCGACAGCCAGAAAACAUCCAGUCUAACUACCAGCAGCUGAAACAAGCCAUCAUAAGGGAAUUCUCAGAGUCUAAAAACGGACUGAUCGCUGCCCUAGACACCAAACAGGGUCGGCAUGAAACUCCCUAUGUUUACUACCACAGACUCAGACGAGCUUACUUCGGAGCUCGCAACAAACCUGGGAUGGAGGAGGACACCAGCUUCAAGUGCCUUUUCCUCCAAAACCUCCAUCCUAUGGUAAGUCACCAUUUAGGCAUUAUGGCCUGCCCCCACACAAUGCCUAUCCAACAACUGCGUGACCUGACACAGAAAGCCUUUAACAAACACAAGGCCUCACCCAGCGAACACCACAGGACGUCCCACAGCAGUCUACAACAACAUCCUCCUGUACACCUUUCAAACAGGUGCCAAACAGAGGCUGCACAAAGACAGCUAGAAACGCCUGUUACUGAGUUACAAGAGCUGCUAGCACUAGCAAAAGAGCUCCUGGAACAGAACUCCCCUGAGGAGUACUGGGAAGAACAAACCUCUGACUCUUGCCCAACACCACUCAGGCAAGCUCAAGUCAGCACUGCUGCCAGAGCAGAGUAACACUGCAGACUUCAGACACCUGGUGACUAGGUGCCGAACCAAGGGCUGAACGGCCACCUGCUGCCCUUUUGCUACCAGUACUAGGUCAGUCUGGAACUCUCUCCACACUACACAAUGCCCAUAACCACUCCCUGCAGCCACAAACAAGCACCUGCCUCAAACAAACUGACUUCAUAAUGACAGGUGACACACUGUCAAGGCACCUGCUGCCUCUGCACCUGCUGCAGAGACCUGGAUGUGGCUACUGUCUACAUCACCCACCGUGGAACAACCACCUGCUACAAAACCCUCAUGAUUCAC